AUGGCCAAUCAGACAUGGACUGGCCCUGAGCCCCCAAUCACACAUCCUGACGGGACAGUGGAGUAUGUGCGGCCGUAUGACCACGCCGUCCGGAGAGAACUGUAUGGCAAUAGACGCUCCCGUCGAUUGAGGAACCGGAGCCCACCCAUUACCCCACCACCCCCAAGCCUCACCCUAACCCGACACAUUCAAACCCCAGCAAACAUCUUUGACACAGAUGAAGAGGCUGACAACGAGGUUAUGACCCACAUUGCGCAAGAGCUGGCACCUGACACGCCCGAGGUCACCCUGCAAGCGGCCAUUGACGCCAUCCCCACCUCACUUGCGGAACAGCUGGGCCUUCUCGACAUAGCUCCUGAGCGGAUUGAGCUUGCGAUCCAACUCAUGAAUGUCCCAGAGGAGCACCAGUGGCCCCUCACGGUCAUCAUGCUUAUGCGAGGCGACCCCAACCCGGAACCUGCCGGUGCCACGGCCGCUCAAUCAAUGCCAGCGCCGCCCGAGCUUGCCUGCCAUCCUCGUGGUCGCAGGAACCACACAUUUGCAUUCCCACUGGCCCUCCAGGUAUGA